AUGUCAUGUAUAGGCCCUUUUAAAUUUAAUGAUGGAUAUCCAACUGAACGAAAAGUGAUUGAUGCGUCCGGUCGAUUAGGUUCACUUUAUAAUACUGCAACUGAUAGUUUAAUUGAUCGACAUUCUGUUCAACCGUCAGAGAUAAAACCGCCAAAUAAACGUUCGAUAUGUCGAGUAUUUUCAGGUGAUCAAUCUAGAGAACCGACCAGUUUUCUAGGUAAUAUCGGUUUUGACGAUGGAGUUCAACGAAGUAUUCGUCUUCAGAUGGUUGUACCAUCAGGUAUUGGUCGUUUUAUUGAGUACAGACAACCUAUUAAUGCAAAUACACGAUUUUUAUAUUACUGUUACAAAACCAGAAAAGAAACAUUAAAUAUUAAAGCUCGAAAGGCAGAUCGAAUUGUUGCACCACCACAAGGUCCAACGGAGGCAACUCAUAUGAUUACUAAAAUUAAAUGGGGUAUUGAAAUUUUAUGUGUUAUACAAAUAUCAAAAAAUCAAUCUAUAGAAGCAAUUGAUCAAUUACUUUCUCGUAUCUCUCAUCAACUUCAACGAAACGAAGUUCCAGUUCAACUUACAAAUGAUGAUCGACGUUUAAUAAAUCAAUUAAAUAAUAUGACUAUAUACGGAUCUGAAUUAUGUGUUGAUGAUCCAAAUACAUCAUUAUUAACUAUUCUUAAUCGAAUACAAGAAUGGCAAACAAAUGAAAAUUUUCAUCAACCAAUUUUAUAUAUAAUGCAACCAUUAAGAUGGCUUUAUAAUAAUAUACAAUUUCAAGAACCAUGUUUUAAACCAGAUCAUGCCAAUGUACAUCUUGAUCGAAUUGAACCAAUGAGUAAACGUAUAGAAAAUCAAUUAAAACAUUUACAUCAAUUAUUCAUAGAUCUUCCAACAAAUUAUUUAAGUCCAGUACUUAAUGAACAAUUAAAAGUAGUUCGACAAAAAUAUAGCGUAUUACUUGAUGCUCAAGAAAAUCUCAAUGAACGUCUACGAAAAGUAAUUCCAGAUGUUCGCCGUAAUCGUAGAGAUCCGCAAGAAUUAGAUCAAAUUAUUUCAGAUGAACGCUAUGGAUGUUUACAUAAGGAUGAAAUUGAUACAUUUCAAAUUACGAUUGAACGAUUAUUAGCAAAAGCAAUAUUAAUCGAAAAAUUAACGAAAAAUCAUAUUGAAUAUUUAAAUGCAUUUGAUCUUCGUCCUAAUGAAAUGUCAUCAUUCAAAAAUGAAGAUAUUGAUAUUAUAAUCAAACGUUCGUGUUCUAAUGACAAACACAGUGUCAUUCUUUGGUAUUCUAGUGAUCGAUUAAAACGUGAGCAACCCGAUAGAUGGGAACAAAUAUAUCAACAAAUAACUUCGCAACGACAUCAAGCAAUUAAAUUAAUCUAUGUUGAUUUUACGAAUUGUCAGGAACGAUUAGAUGGUUUUACUGUGGUACAAUUACCACCAAAAGGAAGAUCAGAAACACAACUUGAUUCUCUUACAGAUAUAAGACCACAACCGCCACGAACAACGUCAGUUCCAAAACAACCAUUACCUUCACAAGAGCAAGAACGUAGAUCUAUAACACCACCACCAUUUCCAACAACAUUACCUAAUAUUUCUUAUUCAACAUCACCAAAGACUGAACUCAAUGUAUUACUCUUAGGAGAAACAGGCGUUGGUAAAUCAACAUUUAUCAAUGCAUUUAUUAAUUAUUUAAAAUUCGAUACUCUACAUCAAGCUGAACGUGGUCAACCAAUUGUAUUAAUACCAGUUUCAUUUCUACUUACAGUUGGUGAUCAAUUUGAUGAAGUUGUUGUUGACUUUGGUGAUAUAGAUCCUAAUGAAAGCUAUGAACGUCACGGUCAAUCGGUUACUCAACAAUGUAAAUCCUAUCUAUUUGAUUUAAACGAUAAAUAUUCUUUACGUUUGAUCGAUACACCGGGUAUCGGUGACACACGAGGAAUAGAUCAAGAUACAAAGAAUAUCGAUCAUAUAUUGACAUAUAUUAGUAAUUUAUCUCAUGUAAAUGCUAUAUGUUUAUUACUUAAACCAAAUACUUCUCGAUUAAAUAUUUUCUUUCGUUCAUGUAUUAAUCAAUUAUUAACAUAUAUAUCACCGGCUGGUUAUAAAAAUAUUAUAUUUUGUUUUACAAAUUCUCGUGCAACAUUUUAUGCACCUGGUGAUACUGGUCCAUUACUUCAAAAAAUGCUUGUCGAUGGAAAUUUUAAUAUUCCAUUUCAAAAAACAAAUACAUUUUGUUUCGAUAGUGAAUCAUUUCGAUAUUUAGCUGCAAGAAAACGUCAUAUUAAUUUUGAUCAUGAUCAAGAAAAAGAAUAUACUGAUAGUUGGAAUACAUCAGUGACUGAAUCAAUUCGUUUACUUAAUUAUAUACAAACACGUCAACCAUAUUAUCUUAAAUGGUUAUCACCAAGAAAAGCUAUGAUUGAUAUAUCAAUGCUUGCUCGACCUAUCAUCGAAACAUUACGUUUAAUAAUCUAUAAUUGGAAAUUAAAUGAAGCAAAAUUGUUUUUUAAUCAGAUUAUAUUAAAUUCGAAUCCAAUCGAUUUUGAAAUGUGCACAUGUUGUGCACAAAGUAAUGCGGUAGAAGUAGGUCCAUUUUGGAUAACUGAAUAUCAACGUGUUGCUUUAGGAAAUUAUGUUAAUCAACAUCAUGUUUGUUCUUCAAAUGGUAAACAUUUUUUAGUUGAAGCUAUGGUACAGCAUGAAUUUAUUGAUGAACCAGCUGGUCUUAAAAAUGAACGAUGGCAAAGUUCUUUUAAUAAUUUUCUAUUGAAAUGUGAUAGAUUAAUUCAUUAUCUAAGACAACAAGGAUUACUAACUCAUGAUGAUGAUCCAUUUCAAUGUAUAAUUGAACGAUUUCUUGAAGAAGAAUUACAGAUUUCUCAAAUUCAACAUAUUGAUUCGAAUAUGAAUAGAAAAGUUCGUGAAGUAUUACAAUCAAUAAAACAAAAACGUCAAUUAAAUAGUCAACAAUUAUCGGAGACAAAUGAAAAACUUUCACUCAAUCAAGUUUAUCAAAUAAUUAAUGAAUUUACAGGCAUACCAACAAUUCAAAAACAAAUUGAUAGUAUCAAGACAAGUCGACAAUUAAAGAUGAAAAUACAUGAAUGUAAAAUACAAACAAAUGCAAUUCAAAAUAGAGCAUUUUCUCGAUUAUCUAAUUCUUUGGAAUAA